GCGGUGGCGCGGUCUAGAAGACUUGAUCAAUUUUCAUUGGGGAACCGUUUUUCCUUGACCGCGUGAACGAAUUCAGAAAUAUCUGAAGAGCUAAAGAACUUCAGAUCGAUCUUAGUUUACCUUGGUGUUUUAGUGUGAAAAUUAUCACAUCCAUUUGCACUAUCUCGAUUCUCUAAUCAACGAAGUAAUCCAGGAAGCAUCCGCCAUUUGACAUUUUUGUAGUGCAAUUAUGACUCACGUCUUAACAAAUCUUGGAUACCCACAUGAUCUUCGCUUCCGUUCUAAGUCCGCUGAGAUAUUCAGAGAACACGAAAGACGAAAGGAGGGUAUUCCGAAGACGGAAUUCGACAAAAUUCGAAGCCUUUCUAGACAGUCAUGGCAGCGAUCAUGGGAGAACCCUGGAGAUCCAUUGCCUUCUGUGAAAUGUAACCACUUUGUGACAACAUAUUCGACAACACACAACUACAAAGCGCUUCAAGAACCCACUCCCUGCCGACCGACUUCGCCAACGAGACGAAAUAACCCUCAUCCAACAAGGCCAUUUUUGCGGCUCCACCUGAGGCAGGCAAAAGGGUUUCCCAAACCUAAAGAAAAGCCACAACAGGACCCAUAUGAUGUUGGUUAUAAACCUGAGGAACCAAAUGACAGGCAGCAGACAAUGUAUUACACUUUAUGGGAAAUGAAAGAUAUGGAAAAAAGGGGCCUGGAUAAGGCUUUAAAAGCUACUAUGACUCCAAAAGCAGUACCAGCAGCACAAGCCUGGGUCAGGAAUGCUGGCAUGAAAGACAGGAAGAUAGUGUCAAACAUGUUGGAUGUUGUACACGAUGCACCAAAUGUUGAGCAGACUGUUAGUUCCACAUUCAGGCCUGAUGUUGUACCAGCUGUGAAUCGAUGGCUAAAGAAAGCUGGAAAUGAAGAACAACAAGCUGUUAUGAGAUUGAUCCGAACUUUGGCCUCUAAUCCAAUUAAUGAUGGAACAAUAGAUCCAGAGUACACAGGGCAACAACAUCCUGACAGAUACAUCUUGGGGAAGUACACGAUACGCCAGACAGGAACUAAAGGAACUCCCAUCACUGUUAAAAAUCAUUUUCCAAAAAAGUCCCAUUUUAAGGCACAUCCUGCAUGGCUUCAAGCUUCAUAACCAUUUAGGUUUUAGCCUAUUCUGGUAUUAUAUGUGAAGUCAUGAAGUCUAAUGCUGAAGAAGAGGGUUAACCCUUUAACUCCCAAGAUCUAAUUAUUAAUUCUUCCCUCUAGCUACUACACAUUUCCUUGUAAAUAAGUUACAAGAAUUUGAUGUUACCUCAAGGUAAUAACUUCCAUCAGAUAGGUUUGAGUAUACUCAUUAUCUGAUUGCUGAAUAGUGAACAGAGCUCAUAGGGAGAAGUUACAAGAUAAUCACUUUUGGGGGUUAAAGGGUUAACCUCUGGGACACAAACCAUUCAGUUUAUAUUAUUUAGUGUAUAAUUAUAAUUUCAUCCAUGUAUAUAGCUGUCUUUUGACAUGAAAAAAAAGUAUUUCUUAUGCUGGAAUAACAAUAUUUAAAUGCAAAAUACACUAUGGCCUGUAAUUUUUUUCUCCUUUAUUUCAGCAAAAUAAUCAGUUAUGCUAGUAUGUGCAUGUAGAAUUUUCAUCUAUUAAAAGUUAAAUUGUUAUCAGUCAUUAUUCCUGUGAAUUACAUUCAACAAAGAUAGGGUCACAAAACCCCUGAAAGUACAGAGUACAGAAUACUUCAAGUUCAAAAUUUAUUUCAUAUAGUGUGCCAUUCUACUGUAUCCAACAGAGCAACUAUCAUGUAUGAUGACUUGUUAUGUAAAACACAGUAGCAUCAUUUUUUUUGACUGUGGUAACACAGUUUGACUUAACUCACGUGUAUAUCCUUCACAGUGCAUGCCUGAUAAGCCGUCAAUAUUUUUUGUUAGUAUCAAAAUAAGUAUCAUAAUUGUUAGUUGACAGAAUUGUUUUUAUGGACUGGGCUUAAGAUUUUGUGUCAUGUCAAUUGCAAAGAAUAUUUCCUCACCAUUGCCAUCACAGAGAACCUUUUUUACAUUAACUAUAAUUGAGGCAAACACACAAACUGAUCAUACUGGAAGCAAUUUUUUAAUGAGUAUUUCACUAGUGUGCAUGUUGUAAAAGUCUCAUCCAACUAAACUUGAUAAUAGAAUACUCAUCAGUAACAUGAUUACAAUAAAUAUUGUUUGUGAAAUUAUUACAUUCUAUAAUUAAUAUUUUUAUGACACACAUCCUUGUUUGGAACUGGGAUAUUCUUUGUUUUUGUCCAAUGAACGAGACAAACUUCAUUUAAAAUAUGUUUUAAGACUUACA